CGUGAUCAUAAUGGAUGCUCAGCAAAAUUAUCGAAACUUACGGACAUCAAAAUAAUUAAUACAAGAACCAACUAUCACUUAUAUGUGAAACGUGUAGUCAACAAUGAACAACAUGUAGAAUAACCCAAGCCAAAUCCAGGGUGUAAAUCAUUGGUAUUACAUUUAUCUGAAAAGUCUGACACAAAUAAAUACAGGAUGACAACUACACAAGUAAUGUACCAGUUUGUGACUGGCCUUAAAAACCGCAAUGAAGAAAUUAGGAAUAAAACUGUCAAUGACUUGCACCUCUUUGUGAGUACAGAAUUACGAGAAAUGCCAACUGAAGAACACACUUCAUUCAUGGACAACUUCAACCAUCAUAUUUUUGAGAUGGUGUCUAGUAGUGAUGUGAAUGAGAGAAAGGGAGGAAUCUUAGCAAUAGCCACUCUUAGUCUUAGUGGAGUUGAUGUUGGCAACACAUCAACAAGAGUUACUCGUUUUACCAACUACCUUCGUAGUCUUUUACCAUCCAAUGAUGUCAGUGUCAUGGAAAUGGCAGCUAUGGCAAUAGGUAAUUUGGCUUUGCUAUCAGGAACACAUGCUGCUGAAUAUGUAGAGUUUGAAGUGAAAAGAGCUCUAGAAUGGUUGACUGUUGAACGCAAUGAAAUGAAGAGAAUGGCUGCGGUUUUAGUACUAAAAGAAUUAGCUGUAAAUACACCAACAUUCUUCUUUCAACAAGUUCAGCAGUUCUUUGAUACUAUAUUUAACGCUGUACGAGAUUUAAAGCCAUCAGUACGUGAAGCAGCAGUGUCAGCUCUUCAAGCUGCUUUAGCUGUUACAUCACAGAGAGAAACUAAAGAAACACAAAGAUCACAAUGGUAUAAGCAAUGUUAUGAUGAAUCACAGAAAGUAGCAGAUGAUGCUUUACUGAGAGAAAGAAAAAUGACUAAAGAUGAUUGGAUGCAUGGAUCAUUGUUGAUUAUCAAUGAAUUAUUACGAUGCAGUAAUGUAGAAGGAGAGAGAUUACGUCUAGAGAUGGAAGAUAUAACAGCUCAACAGAAUAUACAUGAAAAACAUGUUAAGGAAUUCUCAACCAAGUCAAAAACUCAUGGAGGUCUUAGCUCUUUUCAUCAGAUACAACAUAAGUCUCGAGCCUUGAUGAUGAUGAUGGGAGGAGGCUCGUACAGAAUUCUACAGAAUACACCACACUUCUUUGAAAGUAAAACCUGUAAAAUGUUGAUGACUAAUAACUUUGAUAAGGUGUGUAAUUUAGUGUUAAGACAUCGAGGUAGCAGAAGUGGUUUUAUACAAAAUACUAUGUUGAUGGUAUUACCAAGAUUAGCUUCCUUUAAUCCACAAGUCUUUUCUAGAAUAUAUUUGGUGGAUACUAUUAACUUUUUAUUGUUGAUAUUAAAAAGAGAGAAAGAUAGAACACAUGCAUUUCAGGCCAUUGGUUUAUUGGGUAUUGCAGUACAGGAAGAAAUAUUCCGUUUACUGCCUAGAAUUAUGGAGGUUAUAAGAACAUCUUUACCACCAAAAGAUCUAUCAGCAAAAAAACAUCGUAACUUCACUGUCGAUCCAGCUGUAUUUACUUGUAUAAGUAUGUUAGCUAAAGCUGUAGGACCGAACAUGACUCGUGAUGUACGAGAUCUCUUAGACUCUAUGCUAGCUACUGGUCUCAGUCCAGCUUUAACUGCUGCAUUACGUGAUUUAGCGAUGCAGAUACCCCAGUUAAAGAAAGAAAUACAGGAUGGUUUAUUAAAGAAUUUAUCAUUGAUAUUAAUGGGUAGACCUUUAAAACAUCCUGGUGCACCUCGUACACCAACAUCAACAUUGCCUCCAACAGCAUCUGGUGCUAUUCUACCAGAGUCUCAUGAUGUUACAGGAAUAACUCUGGCUUUAAGAACUCUUGGUAGUUUUGAUUUUGAAGGUCAUUCUUUAACUCAGUUUGUACGUCAUUGUGCAGAUCAGUAUCUAUCAAGCGAACAUAAAGAAAUUAGAAUGGAGGCUGUACAAACAUGUGCUAGACUUUUAACACCAUUAUUAAAACUAUUGUCAACAAAUCAAGAACAAGUUAGUAUGGCCGCCAUGACAACAGUAGCAGACGUAUUAAAUAAACUUUUGGUGGUUGGGAUAACUGAUUCAGAUUCAGAUAUUCGGUUGUGUGUACUGGAUUCUUUAGAUGAAAGAUUUGAUCCCCACUUGGCUCAAGCUGAGAAUUUAAGUGCUUUGUUUGUUGCGUUAAAUGAUGAAGCUUUUGAGAUUCGUGAGCGAGCUAUUUGUAUGAUUGGUAGAUUAAGUUGCAAGAAUCCAGCCUAUGUGAUGCCUUCUCUUAGGAAAGUCUUAAUACAGAUAUUAACAGAAUUAGAAUAUAGUGGUAUUGGUCGGAAUAAAGAGCAAGCUGCCAGAUUGUUAGGUCAUCUUGUAGCUAAUGCUGCUCGUCUCAUACGACCUUAUAUGGAACCUAUAUUAAAGGUUUUGAUACCUAAACUGAAAAAUCCAGAUCCAAAUCCUAAUGUAACUAUUAGUGUUUUAGCCGCUAUAGGUGAACAAGCUCUGGUCAGCGGUACAGAAAUGAGAAAAUGGAUGGAUGAACUUCUACCAAUAAUUCUAGAAAUGCUACAAGAUUCUUCAUCUAUUGAAAAACGGGAGAUAUCAUUAUGGACAUUGGGUCAAUUGGUUGAGAGUACAGGCUGUGUUGUGGUACCUUACCAGAAAUAUCCUACAUUAUUAGAAGUCUUGCUUCACUUUCUAAAAACAGAACAGACACCAGGAAUAAGGCGGGAGGUUAUUAGGGUAUUGGGGUUAAUAGGAGCAUUAGAUCCACAUAAACAUAAGAUGAAUAUUGGUUUAAUAUCGGAACGAGAAUCGGCCAUCAGUAAAUCAGAUCAUAAAAACAGUGGAGAUGCCAACCAAAAUGAUUUGAAUACUAGUGAAAUGUUGGCGAGUAUGAGUGCUACAGCAACAUUAGAGGAAUUUUACCCAGCUAUAACUAUUGCUAAUUUGAUGAAAAUUAUACGAGAGCCAUCUUUAUCGCAGCACCACACGAUGGUUGUUCAAGCCAUAACGUUUAUAUUUAAAACAUUACGUAUAAAAUGUGUACCAUAUAUACAACAAGUUAUACCUGCAUAUCUUACUGUUAUACAUAUUACAGAUCCAAGUUUCAGAGAGUAUUUGUUUCAACAGUUGGGAGUUAUUAUAUCGGUUGUCAAACAACAUAUAAAACACUAUCUAGAAGAUAUAUUUGAUAUAGUCAAGGAAUUUUGGACACCUACUAGUCCUAUGCAGAGUACUAUAAUACGUCUUAUAGAACAUAUAGUAGAAGCAUUGGGUACAGAGUUCCGUGUUUAUUUACCACAGAUUAUACCACAGAUAUUACGUGUAUUUAUGCAUGAUAAUAGCUCUGAUAGAGGUGUAACAGCAGAGUUAUUAAAUGCUCUACAGUUAUUUGGUGCUAAUUUAGAUGAUUAUUUACAUCUGUUGCUGCCACCAGUAGUUAAAUUAUUUGAUUCGCCAGAUAUACCUCUCACUGUUCGCAAACUUGCCCUAGAGACCAUUGAUAGAUUAACAGAUAGUUUGGAUUUAACAGAUUAUGCAUCUAAAUUAAUCCAUCCUCUAGCUCGUACAAUAGAUUCUACACCACAGCUACAGAAUACAGCUAUGAAUACUAUGUGUGCUCUGGUCGUACAGCUGGGACAUAAGUUUAUGAUAUUUGUACCCAUGAUGAAUAAAGUGCUGGCUAAAAACAAAAUCUCUCAUCAGAAAUACACAGUUUUAAUGACCAAACUAUUACGGGGAACAACAAUAGCAGAUGAAGAUUUAGAUAUUCAUUCGGCAAAACAUCGUAAAAACCGUAGUAAAAAUAGUAAAUUACCUGAAAGUACUGCCAAUGAUACAGCUAGUAUCAAGAAGAUGAGUGUUAAGUUUGAUCAUUUACAGAAGGCGCUAGUUGCUGGUAGACGUGUAUCUAAAGAAGAUUGGAUGGAAUGGUUAAGGAAACUGAGUAUUGCCUUAUUAAAAGAGUCUUCAUCUCCAGCACUGAGAUCAUGUUGGGCUCUGGCACAAACUUAUAAUCCUUUAGCUAGAGAUUUAUUUAAUGCAGCGUUUGUAUCUUGUUGGACUGAAUUAACAGAAAUGCAACAAGAUGAGUUGAUUAAAAGUUUAGAACAAGCUUUAACAUCACAAGAAAUAACUGAAAUAACCCAGACAUUACUAAAUCUAGCCGAGUUUAUGGAACACUGUGAUAAGGGCCCACUACCAUUAGAUAGUAGUGUAUUAGGUGAUAGAGCUAUGACCUGCAGAGCUUAUGCCAAAGCUUUACAUUAUAAAGAAGAACAAUUCCAUGAUAAAGAGGAAAAAACAGAAAUAUUGGAGGCUCUCAUCAGUAUAAACAAUAAAUUACAACAAUCUGAAGCAGCAGCUGGUGUGUUAGGAUAUGCUAUGAAACAACCUAAUAAUGACUUGAAAGUGCGAGAAAAUUGGUAUGAAAAGUUACAUGAAUGGGAUCGAGCUUUAAAAGCAUAUGAACAGAAGUUAGAACAUCAACCAGAUGAUGUUGGUAUAUUAUUGGGUAGAAUGAGAUGUCUAGAAGCUCUAGGAGAAUGGGGUCAGCUACAUACCUUAGCAUGUGACAAAUGGGCAACAGCUAAUGAUAAAUCUCGAACCAAGAUGGCCAGGAUGGCGUCUGCCUCUGCUUGGGGUCUAGGUCAUUGGGAUAGUAUGGAACAAUAUAUGUGUUUAAUACCCAGAACAAGUUAUGAUGGUGCUUUCUAUAGAGCUGUGUUUGCUUUACAUUCAGAUAAUUUUAUGUUAGCUCAACAGUGUAUAGAUAAAGCUAGAGAUAUAUUGGAUACAGAUUUAACAGCUAUGGUAGGAGAAAGUUAUAAUCGAGCAUAUGGUGCUAUGGUAAAUGUACAGAUGUUAGCUGAAUUAGAAGAAAUAAUACAAUAUAAACUGGUACCAGAAAGACGAGAGGCCAUUAGAUCAAACUGGUGGAAUAGAUUAAAGGGUUGUCAACAAAAUGUAGAAGAUUGGCAGAAAAUAUUGCAAGUUAGAUCUCUAGUUAUAACACCAUCAGAAGAUCGUAUGACCUGGUUAAAGUAUGCUAGUCUUUGUCGUAAGAGUGGUCGUCUGGCUUUGUCUCACAAAACUCUAGUCAACUUACUGGGAACAGAUCCAUCUGCUAAUACGAAUCAACCAUUACCAACAACAUAUCCCCAUGUUACAUUUGCUUAUCUUAAACAUAUGUGGAAAAAUAAUCAGAGAAAUGAUGCAUAUGAAAAACUUCAGUUCUUCACUAGAAAAUCUCUACAAGCAAAAUCAUUAAAUAUAACAGCUAAUGAAAGAAUCAAAUUACAGGCCAAAUGUCAUCGUCAUCUAGGUGAUUGGGCUAAAGAUUUGAUGGGUAUUAAUGAAGAAUCUAUACCCGAGAUACAAGAUCAUUAUCAUCUAGCUACACAAAAUGAUAAAAACUGGUAUAAGGCGUGGCAUGCGUGGGCGUUAAUGAACUAUGAGUGUGUAUUAUUUUAUAAACAAAAAGAACAAAGUUUAGGCAACUCUGGUACCACACCUAUGUCAGCUGAUCCAACAGCUCUAUCUAGACCUUUAAUGGAACUAGUUGUAUCACCUAAACCAGAAUCAAAUACUGCUAAAAUUCAUAAAUAUUGUAUACCAGCUGUUCACGGUUUCUUUAAAUCUAUAGCUCUAUCUUCACAAAACAGUCUUCAGGAUACAUUACGAUUAUUAACUCUAUGGUUUGAUUUUGGUCAGUGGACUGAAGUACAUGAAGGUUUAGUUGAAGGAAUAAAAACAAUACAAAUAGACAACUGGUUACAGGUAAUACCACAGUUAAUAGCUAGAAUAGAUACACCUAGAAACUUAGUAGGACGUUUAAUACAUCAAUUAUUAAUUGACAUCAGUAAAGCUCAUCCACAGGCUUUGAUUUAUCCAUUAACUGUAGCAGCUAAAUCAAAUGUACCAGCUCGUCAGUCAGCUGCUAAUAAAAUAUUAAAAUCUAUGAGUGAAAGAAACAGCACUCUAGUACAACAAGCUAACUUAGUUUCAGAAGAACUGAUUCGAGUAGCUAUAUUAUGGCAUGAACUAUGGCAUGAAGGUUUAGAAGAUGCAUCAAGGUUAUAUUUUGGAGAGAGAAAUGUUAAAGGAAUGUUUGCUACUUUAGAACCUCUACAUGGAAUGUUAGAUAAAGGUUGUCAUACACUUAAAGAAACGUCUUUUAAUCAGGCGUAUGGUCAUGAUUUAUUACAAGCACAAGAAUGGUGCAAGAAAUAUCAAAGAUCGGGAAAUGUUAAAGAUUUAACUCAGGCGUGGGAAUUAUAUUAUCAUGUAUUUCGAAGAAUAUCAAAACAACUGCCACAGUUGACGUCAUUAGAACUUCAGUAUGUCUCACCUAAAUUAUUACAAUGUCAAGAUUUAGAGCUAGCAGUUCCUGGAACGUAUCAACCAAAUCAACCAGUGGUCAAAAUUAAUAGGGUCAAGAGUUCACUACAGGUGAUAACAUCAAAACAACGACCCAGAAAACUCAGUAUAUAUGGUAGUGAUGGUAAAGAAUAUCAGUUUUUACUGAAAGGUCAUGAAGAUUUACGUCAAGAUGAACGUGUCAUGCAGUUGUUCGGACUUGUUAAUUCUUUAUUACGUAACAAUCAAGAUACAUUCAGACGGAAUCUAACAAUAACACGUUUCUCAGCUAUUCCUCUAUCAACAAAUUCUGGUUUAAUUGGUUGGGUACCUCACUGUGAUACAUUACAUUCAUUAAUUAGAGAUUAUCGUGAAAAGAAAAGAAUAUUAUUAAAUAUAGAACACAGACUUAUGUUACGGAUGGCACCUGAUUAUGAUCAUCUGACAUUAAUGCAGAAAGUGGAAGUUUUUGAACAUGCUCUAGAACAUACACAAGGUGAUGAUUUAGCUAGAAUAUUAUGGAACAAGAGUCCAAGUUCAGAGGUAUGGUUUGAUAGAAGAACUAAUUACACCAGAUCACUAGCUACUAUGUCUAUGGUUGGUUACGUUUUAGGAUUAGGUGAUAGACAUCCAUCUAAUCUGAUGUUAGACAGACUCAGUGGCAAAAUUAUACAUAUUGAUUUUGGUGAUUGUUUUGAAGUAGCCAUGGUUCGGGAAAAAUUUCCUGAGAAAAUUCCUUUCCGAUUAACAAGAAUGUUGAUAAAUGCUAUGGAGGUAACUGGUAUAGAAGGUAAUUAUCAGAUGACAUGUCAGAGUGUAAUGGAAGUAUUACGUGAACAUAAAGAUAGUUUAAUGGCUGUAUUAGAAGCUUUUGUUUAUGAUCCAUUACUUAACUGGAGACUUGUAGAUGCUACAAUAAAACCUAAAACAAAGGCCAAUCGAUCCGAUUCUUAUGCUGGAAGUCAAGAACAAGGUGAUCUACUAGAAAGUGUUGUAGAUUUGACUCAGUCUUCAACUAAAAAAUCACUACCUGAAACAUCAGAGGCUGCAGGUGGCGAUAAUGUACCAGCUGAAGUAUUAAAUAAGAAAGCUAUAGAUAUUAUAAACAGAGUUAGAGAUAAACUUACAGGAAGAGAUUUUGGAACUGAUGACCCAGUAGAUGUUAAAAAUCAAGUUGAAUCAUUAAUAAAACAAGCUACAACACAUGAAAAUUUAUGCCAAUGUUAUAUUGGCUGGUGUCCUUUCUGGUAAAUAGAAACAUUCACCAUGACUAUCAGCCAUAUUAAAUAGAUGUAAAAAGUACUUAUAUCUCUCUAAAUAUUCUAAUAGAAUAUAAUUUUAAAAUAUAUUUAUUGUUACAAUUUAAAAACAGUUACAAUUUUAUUAUCAGGUUGAGUAAUUACUUUUAUUAAAGGCAGAAAAAAUGUGAUUAUUCAGUUACCUGUAUGUUUAUUAAAACUUUAUUUGUUAUUUCUUAGAGAAAAUUGUAAUAUAAUAAGUUCUAUUGUAUCAGUGAAUGCAUUUUUAAAUGCAACAUAUUUUAAUAUAAUAUUCAAAAUAACCAUAAACUCUCAUCUAACGAAACACCUGUAUGAAAUGUAUAUGACAAAUAUAACAAAUCUUAAAAUGCCUAUUGGUUGGUAAUGGAUUGACAGAUUGAACUGUUAAGUUAAACCAAGUGACAUUGACAGAAAUUAUGGAUCAGUGAUAAUGGCCAAGAGUGUCUGUUUAGACUUUGCUUUGAUUUUCUAAAUAAAUGUCCAUCUUGUCUGUGCCAUAUCUAUCUAGACAGUUAUUAACUUGUAUUAUUGUUACUGUUUUUGUUAUUGUUUUAUGAUUGUGUAAAUCUGAGAGUAGAUAUGAAGGGAGUAGAAACUCUGCUUGAGUUUUGUAUUUCUCAUUCCAUAAGACCGUAUUUGGGUUUAUGUUUAAAAUGACAGAUUGUGCUAAUUGUGCAUUGUUUAACAGAUAUUCAAAUAUUGUACAUAAAAUUGUUGAUUUUUAACAAAAAUGAAAUAUUUUCAUCAUUAAAAAUUUCAAAGAUGAAGUAAAUAAGGUAAGCAUAGGCACUCAAAUUAGGUUUCAAUCUUGUUCUAAAACUGCCCAAUAUCAUUUAUUUGAAUAGUGACAACAGAUAACAAAGCAUGUUAUAUAUUUUGAUGGUCACAAAAUAUACUUAAAUUAUAAUAGGAUUAUAUUGGGUUCUAUUAUAUAAAUAUAUAUAAGGUUGUCAACUCCCUUCAUUCUACCACCCUGUAUAAAUGAUGUUCGGUAUGUAAAAAUGAUAUGAACGUAAUAAUUUGUACAUAUAGUUAAUCACAUCUAAAUGACUAGUCUAUAGUUAAACUCAUCAAUUAAAUGACUAGUCUGUAGAUAAAUGCAUCAAUGAAAUGACUAGACUUUAAAUUAAUAAAAUGAUUAUAUAUGAGAUAUUGCAUUUGGUAAUAAAAUAUUUCAGUAAAAUCUACAUGGUGAUUCAUUUUUAAAAUUUGUGAAAUUCUUGUAGACUAGAUCAAAAUUAAGUUUUGCCAGUACAGAAGUAAGAUGUUCUUACAGGGAUUGCUUGUGGCUGCCUAGUAAAAGUCCUAUGUGGCAAGCAGUUUAUGGAUGAUUUUGAUAGUCUUGAUAUAACCUAGUCCGAUCCAUAAUGACUGUCGAUGCAAUUAGUAACCAAGACCCUUAAACAGAAAACCCAUCCUGAUAGAAAAAUAGAAUAGAAACCAAACAAAGUAUAAAAUUACUAUAUAUGGAUAUAACCAGUAAUCCCUUAUGGAAUAGUCUAUAGAUUGCACUGGGGUUCUAGAUACCCAUAAUUGUAAGGCACCAAUUCCAGCAAGUUUAAAAAACAAUCUCAAAAACUCGAAAUUGCAGAGCAUUUACAAGUGGUUGAUGACUGGGCAAUAACUCUUUAAUAAAUUAUACUAAUGACCCAUCAUCAGUGACAGUGAAUUGUAAUCAGGGCAUUGUUUU